AUGACGUGCGACGCAGGCGUAGUCGGGAAUUUUAAAACUAAAGGAUUUUCUGGUCAGUUGUACUGUGACGUGAUUUUGGUGACAUCCGUGGACAUGAAUAAGAGAUUCAUUUUUUCCUCCGUGGCACUGGUCUUUUGUGUUGACGUGCUGCACAGUCUGCCGCACACGUAUUUCCAGUCACGCCAGCAUCAUGACACAGAUCCACGGUUCACAGAGAAGUUUUUCACUCAGACUCUGGAUCACUUCAACUUCAACAGUAUGGGAAAUGGGACAUUUAAUCAGCGCUACCUGAUCACAGAUCAGUACUGGGAAAAAGGCUUUGGACCCAUCUUCUUCUACACUGGCAAUGAAGGAAACAUCUGGGAAUUUGCCCUGAAUUCUGGAUUCAUCACAGAGUUGGCUGCACAGCAGAGGGCGCUGGUCAUAUUUGCUGAGCAUAGGUACUACGGCAAAUCUCUACCAUUUGAGAAAGACUCCUUCAACAUACCUCAGGUCAGCCUGCUGACGGUGGAGCAAGCCCUGGCUGACUACGCCAUCAUGAUCACUGAGCUGAAACAGCAGCUGGGAGCCACAGACUGCCCAGUCAUCGUGUUCGGUGGCAGUUAUGGUGGAAUGUUGUCAGUUUAUAUGAGAAUCAAAUAUCCAAACAUAGUGGCUGGAGCUCUGGCAGCCAGCGCCCCCAUCCUGUCUACUGCUGGCCUGGGAGACUCCAGGGAGUUUUUCCGAGAUGUUACAAGUGACUUUGAGAGUGUUUCCUCUGACUGCACAGAUGCUGUGAGAGGAGCUUUUCAUCAGCUGAAAGAACUGGCUCAAUCGCAGGAGUAUCAUCACAUUCAAUCAGCGUUUGCCCUGUGCAAGCCUCUAUCAUCUGCCCAGGAUAUCCACCAGCUGAAUGGUUUUCUAAGGAAUGCCUUCACUCUGAUGGCCAUGCUGGACUACCCUUACAGUACUCACUUCAUUGGGAACAUGCCCGCCAACCCUGUAAAGGUAGCCUGUGAAACCAUGCUGAGAGGAUCGGACCUGCUGGGUAACCUCAGAGACACUGCAGGGAUCGUAUACAACGCCACCGGGGUUCUGACCUGUUUUGACCUGUACAGUCUGUAUUUGGAGUGUGCUGAUCCCACUGGGUGUGGGCUGGGCUUCGACAGCCUGGCCUGGGACUACCAGGCAUGCACAGAGAUCGAGCUAUGUUACGAGAGCAACAAUGUGACGGACAUGUUUCCUCCAAUGCCUUUCACUGAGGAAGACCGCAGGCUGUACUGCUCCAAACGCUGGGGUGUGGUUCCACGACCGGGCUGGCUCAACAUCCAGUUUUGGGGUGACGCUCUCUCCACGGCCAGCAACAUUAUUUUCUCCAAUGGAGACCUGGACCCAUGGGCCAAUGGAGGGGUGCGCACAUCCCUGAGUGACUCACUGAUAGCACUCAACAUAUCUGGAGGAGCCCAUCAUCUGGACCUGAGGGGUUCUAAUGAGGCUGAUCCAGUGUCAGUGAUUAGUGCCAGGAAGACAGAAGCAGACCUGAUUGCACUUUGGGUGAAGAUGGAGAGGACCAGAUUACAAAAGUUUGUUUGAUGACGUUGACACAAGAAUAUUCAAACUGUAGUCACAGAAAAAUCAGACUGUAGCUUUUCUGAGACUGUUCAAUGUUAAAUAAAUUUAUUUUUAAAAAUGCUGAAAUAAAUAAAGUGAAAUGUAAAAAUUAAACACCAGUUUAAUUUCAAAUUUCUAUUCUUUUUUUUUUUAAUUACAAGAGGCCAUAUUUCAUUAAAGAAUUUUAUCACAUA